AUGGCGGACGCGCCCCCUUUAAGCGACACGCGACAGAAGUCGGGUGCAGUCGGGUGCACCAUGCUGGUUCGUAUGCUUCAGCACCUCGGUGAGAUAUUUUCCGGUUCUGGGAGCGGUUGGAGGGACGUGCGGCAGCAGGGGGACAGAGGAGCAAAUGGAGGUGAGCAGGAGAUGGGGUGCAUGAAGCCCCAUUGGACACAACCUACUACCAAGCAUCCAAGCCCUACACACCUAGCCCACGUGGGCAGAGAGUCAAAAGAGAUUGCAUCCCCCAAAGAGGCAGAAGCACAGACCCCACAAGAGACAACCGACUACCCAGAGCUUCUGUCCCCUCCAAGAGAGGAAGGACUUGGACUCAGAGGAGAGACCCCAGGUCCGGGGUACAAAGAUGCAGGCCCUCAGCAAGGCCCGGGGCAUGCGGGAUAA